UUAGGAUUGGUCCGGGAGCCCGGUGUAUGGCGCGGAGUCCUCGCUGGGCCCGGAGAACCAUGUAAAGGUUCCAGUAGGGUUCGUGCUCCGUGCUGUCCCAGGGUACUGUCCGGCCCGUCGAGGGACCGCCUUCGCCGCCAGGAUGGCGGUCAUGGGCGUCCAGCUGGUGGUGAGCCUUCUCACGGCUAGCCUUAUGCACAGGAUGGCCCCGCAUUUCUCCUUUGCCCGAUGGCUACUCUGCAAUGGGAGCCUGUUCCGCUACAAACACCCCACCGAUGAGGAGCUUCGGACCUUGGCGGGGAAACCGAAGCCAAAAGGCAAGAAGGAAAGGAGGGCGAAUGGCCUCAGCGAGGAGAAGCCUCUCUCUGUACCUCGGGACAUCAACCUUCAGCUGGAGACGAAUCCCAUCACGGCCAUAGAUGCGCUUGGUGUAAACAGUAGAAGCUGUGCCCAGGUCCUGACUGCUGUCAGGGCUUUUCCUCCGGCUUCUCAAGGGGAGUGCACUGAUACCUCCCUGAGGGCCAGGUGGAGUGGAAAGGAGGAUCCCAGCUUGGAGGUGGUCCCCCAUCUCUCUACCAGCGCCCCCCAGCUCCAGGCCUGCUCCCCCUGUCCCCUCGCCCCACUGUCCAUCAGGCUGCCUGAGCACAUCCUUAGCUGUGGGGGCUCCAGCAAGGUGUUUCUGACGGUGAUGAGGCUGUACUUCUCCUCGGAGGAGGGCGGGGAGCGUUCUGUCUGCCUCGCUUUCGCCUUCAUCUUCCUACUGCUGGCCAUGCUGGUGCUGGUGGUCCGAGAAGACAUCCUGGAGUUCGGCCUGGAGCCAGGCCUGGCCAGCAUCACCCAAAAUUUAGAGCCUCUGCUGAAGAACCGUGGCUGCGAUUGGUGGAUCCCCCUGAUCAAGCUGACCUUCCGCCUGGUCCUGGUGGCUGUGUGCUCUGUCCUGGGGGCCUGCCUCACGUUUCCAGGCCUGCGCCUGGCUCAGACCCACCUGGAUGCUCUGCACCUGGCAGCCGAUCAACCCCUGCUCCAGCUCGUCCUCCACACCAGUUUCCUGGCUCCUGUGCUGAUUUUGUGUCUGUGGAUCAAACCCAUUGCCCGGGACUUCCUCCUGCAAGCCCCCAUGGGAAAGACAGCCCCUGUCCAGCUACUGUCGGACUCUGCCUUUGACUCCGUGCGCCUGUGGCUGGUGCUGGCCUUGUGCCUGGUGAGGCUGGCUGUAACCAGGCCCCACCUGCAGGCCUACCUGUGCCUGGCCCAGCGCUGGGUGGAACAGAUGAGGAAGGAGGCUGGGCGCAUCAGUGCACUGGAGAUCCAGCGCAGGAUCACACGGAUUUACUGCUACGUCGCGGUGGUGAGCUUGCAGUACCUGGCCCCCAUCAUCCUCACCCUUCACCUUACGCUGUUACUGAAGACUCUAGGUGGCUAUUCCUGGGGCCUGGGGUCUACCAGCCAUCCCCUCAGGCCAGUCCCACCGCCGGCCCUGGCUGCCACCCCUGGAGAAGAUGAGGUGCAGGCCACAGUGGCCCAGAUCCUGGGUGCCCUGGGGGGUCUCUUCGCCCCUGCUUUCUAUCGGGGCCUCUUCGCCUUCUUCACCUGGUGGACAGCUGCAUGCCAGCUGCUUACCAGUCUCUUUGGCCUCUACUUCCACCAGCGCCUGGCAUCUUCCUAGCCCACCUUGGGGGGGACUAGGGUUAUGUGACUGUGUGCAUAGGGGAGGUAUAGCCUUCUUCUUCAGGUCUGUCAGGCCAGAGCGUGGCCUGGAAUGGUGCCAGGGCAUAUAGGGAGGCUUGGCUCUUCUGUACUGAGCAGGGCUGGGGGGAAGGGCUGCCACCAUCUCUGCUCAGGACUCCUCCCCUUCUCAUCCACCAGUUUCACCCAUAGUGCCUGAGACCAUGGCCCCCCAGGCUGGGAGCCUCUGUCCUGGCUCUGACCUUGCCUCUCCCUCCGACUUUGACCUCUGCUGUCUCCUGGAAGCUGGGCUGGUCCCUGGGACCUUUGACAAGGAUGGUGAGAAAAGGGGUCCCAUCGAAUCAGCCUUUCCAGGAGACGGACUGAUAGGACAGGAUGGGAGAAAACCCCCAUUUCUGGCUCCGCUCUGAUCCCUCUUUCUCAGAAAUGGAGGGUUAGAGAGAGAGAGAGAGAGAGAGAGAGAGAGAGAAAAGAGCCUCAUGGGCACGUGGAAGGUGGCUGAAGUAUUCUCCUACAUCGGCUGAGUUUGCUUCUUAUUUUAAUUCAGGAUCUUUUAUUGCAUCCUGGAACCCUUAAUCUAUGCACCCUUUUCUCAGAAUAAGGUUUUUAAAUGCAUAAAAUAAAAUAUCUAAGAUUACAAAGGAAAUCAA